GUUUCAUUCUGUAGUUCAGUUCAUAGGAUUACUACAAGUAACCAAGAGCCGAAUGGAUCUGCUGGACUUUCUAACUCAUGACGAGUUGGUUGGUUUUUUUCACCGCAAGAAGUCAGAGAUCUCUUGUAUGGAGGAACCACACAUCUUCCUCAAGCAGCUCCGAGACCAUGACCUGCUACCUGAGGCUCUCUACAAGGAGGUAAUAAAGAGGAAAAGUAAGAAGAGAAUAGAGGAUGGUGUGUAUGAAAUUUUGGACCGGGUGGAGAAUAAGGGAGGAGAUUACGUGAAACGGUUUUGGAGGUGUGUGUUAGAGGACCACAUCCAGCAGAAAUACCCAGUUUUCCGCACACUCCGAAACAGCAUUCAGGACGGUUCCUUUAGGAAUUUUGAAAGGCUUCCUACGCAAACAUGCAGGAGUACGGAUGGUGAAGGAAAAAGAAAGAAGCAAGAGCAAAAGAAAGGUGCAACAAAGAGAAAGAAAGGUGAUGAAGACGGACCAGGCCCUUCGUCAGAGUCCAAGCGAUAUCUGCAGAAUAAGGAGUAUAAAACCAUGGCUGAGUUUAACAAGAUUUCACUUCAGUUCAUACGACUAACCAAGGUGUGGCUUCCGCUUCUCUCGAGUUUAUUCUACAGGUCUCUCAGGUUCCGCGUCACUCAGCGUCACUCACUCAUAUCCGGGAUCUAUGAAGGCAGAAGUUUACUCCAGGAAGCCAAAUAUUACAUUAAAUAUAGAAAAGUUACUGUUGUACAGAGCAGACGGAGAAACAGCAGCCGAAUGGAUCAGCUGGACUUUAUAACUCAUGAGGAGUUGGUUGGUUUUUUUCACUGCAAGAAGACGGAGAUCUCUUGUAUGGAGGAACCGCACGUCUUCCUCAAGCAGCUCCGAGACCAUGACCUGGUACCUGAGGAUCUCUACAAGGAAGUAAUAAAGAAGAAAAGUAAGAAGAGAAUAGAGGACGGUGUGUAUGAGAUUUUGAACCAGGUGGAGGAUAAGGGAGGAGAUUACGUGAAACGGUUUUGGAGGUGUGUGUUAGACGACCACAUCCAGCGGAAAUACCCAGUUUUCCGCACACUCCGAAACAACAUCCAGGACGGUUCCUUCAGGAAAUGUGUAAAGGACGGUGAAAGAGAAGGUAAGGAGCAAGCGCAAAAAGAGGGUGCAACAAAAAGAAAGAGAGGUGAUGAAGAGAUAAAUGAAGAGGAACCAGGCCCUUCAUCAGGAUCCAGGCAGAAGAAAGCAGCCAAGGAGCCCACGUUCUCAUCGCUGUUUAAGAGAGGACAGCUUCCUGUUACCUGCGGAGAAAAAACAGGCAUACUGUAUCCAGACAAGCUUGCCAAAGGAGAAGAGUGCAUUUUGUCCCGGCGCCAGUGGUUCAGCCCAGUUGAGUUUGAGAGAAUUUCAGGAAAGGAAAGGUCAAAGAACUGGAAACUCAGCAUCUGCUACAAAAACACCCCACUGAAGAAAUUUAUAAUGGAAGGUCAUUUGAAGUGUCCCCGCAUUUACAAACGCUACGGUCAGAAGAAACAGACUGUUUCUUUUAGCCCUGUGGUGGAAACCAACAACCCUCAGUUAGUAUCCAGUGGAGAGGCAGAUGAAUCCGAUGAAGAAGACGAAGAAGAAGAAGAAGAAGAAGAAGAAGAAGAAGAAGAAGAAGUAGAAGAAGAAGAAGAAGAAGAAGAAGAAGAAGAAGAAGAAGAUGAAGAAGUAGAAGAAGAAGAAGAAGAAGAAGAACAAGAAGAAGAAGAACAAGAAGAAGUAGAAGAAGAAGAAGAAGAAGAAGAAGAAGAAGAAGAAGAUCACGAGCCAGCAGAUUUGCCAAAACUCCUGACUUUUCCAGUCAGCUGUGGAUCUGUCAGUGGUGUUUUAUAUAAAAGCAGAUUUGCAGGUGGGUCACGCAGUAAGAGCAUCCGAACAGAGAAGCGCUGGUUCACUCCUGAGGAGUUUGUAAAGCAGGAGAUAACAGACGGACACUGGAAAAAAGAUAUACUGUGUCAUGGAAAACCCCUUAACUACCUGAUUGAGAAGUCUAUCCUGCAAAUCCAUUCCCUGUGGUGCCACUGUCAUCUGUGCCGUCCUGAGAAAAAUGAGCAGGAUAAUGAUGACGUGUGCUACAUUUGUAACUCUGAGGGAAGACUGGUCUGCUGUGACGAGUGUCCACGAGCUUUUCACCAUCACUGCCACUUACCAGUUUUAAUGGACAACGUACUUGUGGGCAGUUGGAUAUGUACUUAUUGUGUGUUAAAGCAUAACAUGAAGUUGUGGAUUCACAUGAACAGGAAGGGAGCUUUGAGAUGUCCUGUUUCCUCAAACUUGAUGCGCUGCGAGUAUUUGCUGUUGUUUUUAUUUAAGGCAGAUACACAGCGUGUGUUAACUGAUGACCCAACCAAAAAGGUGGACAGAUAUGCAAAGGUGAUCUCCAAGCCCAUGUGGCUAAACAAAGUGAAGACCAAACUGAAGAAAAACAAGUACAGAACAGUGGGACAGUUUGUGCGUGACAUCAGACUCAUCUUCAACAACUGCCAAACUUUUUACAGGGAUAAUAGGUCUGUCAGGAUGGGAGCCAAACUGAAAAAGCUGUUUGAGAAGGAGUUUAACAGAGUCUUUAAAAUCCAGUAGAAUUUCUUAUUUCUAGAUUUUAAUAUUAAACAUUAUUGCACUGACAUCAUCUGAAUAUUUAAAUGAACUUGUUAUAAUCCAGGAGGCUAUAAUCCUCAGAUAUCGGUCUGGAAGUGAGACACAGUAUAAUGGAAAAAUUACUAAAUUUAAAAUGAUUCAAUAUACAAGCUUCAAUAAGGAGCUUUUGCAAAACUCAGUGGAUUCAUGUUUUUUCUAUUAUUUAUUAUUUAUAUCGUAAUAUUGUUUAUUUCUUAUUCUUCUUUCUCAGUUUUUAUAUUUUAAUUCCUUUUAUUUAUUUAUUUUUCUGUCAUUUACAGUGUAAUGGUACAGUCUGUGAUCUAACGCUGUUUCAGAUUGUACUCUGUCCAUUUUUUGCCACUUGUCCUUGUUUCCUUGUUUUUUAAAUUAACUUUAAAAUGAAAACAUGAACUGUAGUUCAGUAAAAAAAAAAAAAAAAAAAAGAGGAAAACUUUCCUAAUCUCUCUUAAAUCACAUGCUUGUGUACUAUUCCAGACUGUCACUGAGCACUAACGCUAACCAGAUAUAAAUUACUUCCUGUGUGCUUUCACCGUUGAUGAUGAAAUCCCAGCAGGUUCAGAUUCAGCGUAAAGCCCUUAUAAAGCUACUGCAUGCAGUCACAUGUUAUAUUUUGGUGGAAUACGAUUAAAUGCUCUGAGGAAUGCUAGCAGGCAAGCAGUUACACACUCCUGAGUGCUGCUGAGAGCUGAACAUAGGAUGCAUCGUUUCAAAGCGGCAGUAGUUUUAUUACUUGAUGAAAUAUGGAUUUAAUGGUGCUUUUCUCUUGUUUCAGUUUUUUUUGCAGUUUUCAGUUUUAAAUGGUUUCAUUGUUUAUUCUGAAUACGGUGUGUUUUAGUUUUUACUGAUGUAGAUGUGAUUGUUAUAAUUUGUUUGUUCUAAAAAAAACUGUGUAUAUCUUUAUAGCAGUGCCAGUUAUCUUCACAAGCUAAGGAACUGGUGACUAUAUGUGGUUUGUUUGUUUAUUUACAAUUUGUUUCUUUUCUCAGUGAUGUAUUUUAGAACACUGAAUCCAUUGAAUAAAUAGAUGUGAAUUGAAACCGUA